AUGAAACCAGGAAACCACACCUUCAGUGCCUCUGAAUUCCUCCUUGUGGGCCUGUCUGAGCAGCAGGGACAGCAGCCUCUUCUCUUCAGCAUCUUCCUGAGUAUGUACCUGGUCAUCCUGGUAGGGAAUGUUGUCAUUGUCGUGGCUGUUGGCUCUGAUCCACACCUCCACACCCCCAUGUAUUUCUUCCUGGCCAACUUUUCCCUCACUGACCUGUGUUUAUCGUCUACCACGGUCCCCAGGAUGCUGGUGAACAUCCAGACCCACAGGCAUACCGUCACCUAUGCUGGAUGCCUGUCUCAGAUCUACUUCUUCCUGUGGUUCAUUGGUCUAGAUGUUUUCCUCCUGGCAGUGAUGGCAUAUGACCGGCUUGUGGCUAUCUGCCACCCCCUUCACUACGCCUUGGUCAUGAGUCCCAGAUCCUGUAUCCUGCUGGUGUUCAUGUCCCUAAUCCUUGCUCAUUCAUACUCUCUAACCCACACCAUUCUCCUGGCUCAGUUAUCCUUCUGCACUGACAACGUCAUCCACCACUUCUUUUGUGAACUUCUCCCCUUGUUGAAGCUCUCUUGUUCUGAUACUUAUGCCAACCGAUGUGUGCUGAUAUACUGGGGAGGGGCAUUAACCAUCUUGAUCCCCUUGCUAAUCAUCAUUUCUUAUGUCCGCAUUGUGGCUGCCAUUGUGAGAAUCCCAUCAGCAAGUGGGAAGUGGAAGGCCUUCUCCACCUGUGGGUCCCACCUCUCAGCAGUUUGCUUGUUCUAUGUGUCUGCUAUUGGGGUGUACUUCAUUUCCUCCACUGCUGAUUCAGCCAGCAAGAACAGGAUUGCAGCAGUGAUGUAUUCUGUGGUGACCCCCAUGCUGAACCCAUUCAUCUAUAGCCUGAGAAACAAAGACAUAAAGAAUGCGUUGGUGAGACUCCUGAGCAGAAGGGCACUGCAAUCUCCAUAA